UGAAUUGAGUGACACUCUUUCGUUGAACGGAAAGCAGUCUGUCUCGUCUCUGUCCGCGUGCACUCACGACAGCCGGUGCAGCAUGUGAAGUCACAGCGCGAUCAGACUUUCUUUUCAUCCCGGGGUUUGCGACCGAACCGUUAUCGUUAAACGAUUCACAGCACGGAUUUCUGUACUGAGAUGCCGUCAUGUCACGCGUGAACGUGAGCUGGAUUAUUGCGGUGCUCGCGGUGGAACUCGCGACGUUGUUGGCCGCGCGCGCUCACAGUUGUCACGAGGUGAAAACAGCGUUUCAGUUGCGUCUGAUCGGCUCGCCCAAAUGGGUGCCAGAAACACCUGCCACAGAUGUGGACCUGUCGGUGUGUAAACACACGGGACCAUCAUGCUGUACACGGAGGAUGGAGGAGAGCUACAGAGCGGCGGUCCUGAGAGACACCACCCAAAACAUCAGAUCAAACAGCCUACAGCUGAGAUACAUCAUCAAUGCACAUGCAACUGCUUUCCAGGAUGCGUUUCAGUCUCUGUUGUCCUUCUCUCAGAGUCAUCUGAUCUCUCUGUUCGAGGGAGUUUACAAAUCGCUCAUGCCCUCCAUAUCCCCACACAUUAUGUGCCUCUUCACUGACCUUUCCCAAUACCUCCAGGGCACCGGGAACGUAUCAGUGGAAACCGCCGUCCAGUGUUUCUUUGACAGUCUUUUCCCAUUGGUCCACACCCGUAUUAUCAAUCCCGACAUGGCGGAGAGCGUCAGCACGGGUGCUUCCGGUGACAGUCAACUCGGCGACUGUCUUCGCAUGACAAGGCCGGACAUUAACCCCUUUGGCCCCCACCCCCGGAUGAUGGCGGCCGAGUUGGUGAGCGCAUUGCAAGCGGGUCGGGCGCUCAGCAUAGCGUUCGCCGUGGGGUCAGAGGUAAUGAACGUUACGGAGACGACGGAGCUGUCCAAAGAAUGCGUGCGUGCGCUGUUGCGCAUGAAUUACUGCUCUCAUUGCCAGGGACUCACCCUGAUUCGGGCGUGCAGUGGCUACUGCCUCAACGUCAUGCGCGGUUGCCUGGCCAGCCUCUCUGAGAUCCACAUGCCUUGGAGACAGUACGUAACCGUGCUGCAGGAUCUCGCGCAUAUGGUCGCCGGAGAGCACAACUUGGAGCUCGCUUUGCUGAGGAUCAAAGAUUACGUUGAAGAAGCCAUAAUCCACGCUCAGACAGACGGGCUCAGGUUAACUGCUACAGUGGAUAAGGUAUGUGGUCACUCUUCAAACACAUCUUCCACCGUGCUCAGGAAGUUUCCUUCAUCUUCAGUCACAGCUCCACCUCCACCUGCCACCAGUUCACAAGAGCUUCCAGGAGGUGAUAAGAUUGGCAUGUUGGCACAUCUUCAAAGUUCACUCCCUCAGAAAUCCUCCAAGAGUGAUAGAAGUAUAACUCUGAAAAAGGUUGCACGGGAGUUUAUAAGGGAGGCCUUCAGAUUUAAGCCCUUCUUCAACAACCUACCAGAAAGUAUUUGCAAUGGAGAAUUUGGCGUCGAGGAGAUGAGCUGCUGGAGCGGAGAUGACGUUGUGCAAAGUUAUACAGCACGAGUGGUAAGCAGUGGAGUUCGUGCUCAACGACAGAAUCCAGAAGUAAGGGUCAGAGGGUUUGACCCGGUGCUUAAGGAGGUCAAGGCCAAACUGGAACAGUUUAACCAGGAGAUUCAGGAGGUGAUGCCCCGUGUGGGACAGGGUCCGUCCUGGGAUGAGACCGGCAGUACUAUGGAGACCAGUGGAGACUGUGAUGAUGAGGACGGUUGUGAGAGCUCUGGAAACACAGCGUCCACACCCACUCUCACAGAAGCCGAUUUACCCAAGGUUCACGAGUCGCCCAGCGUUCGACACCGCAAACCUUCAUCUGAUGCUCCUGUUCCCCUGGCCAGCUUCAUCAUCAUCAUCCUCAUCAGUCUGUGGCUACAGCACUGCCUUACCUGAAAGACCCCAAACACACACAAAGAUCACACAGAUGUUCAUGUUACAGAGAAAUGUCUGGCAUAUUUCACCCUAAAGUCAAAAGAAAUAAGACGAUGGAACAAAUAACACGAUCAUAUCGGCUCAUACAGUAUAUGAGAAACAUUACUUUAUGAUAACUAUUUGAAAGCAAUACUAAAGUAAAAUUAGAUAAGUCCUCACAUAAGACAUACUUAGACAUCUGCGUCAAAGUUGGUUUUUAUAUAAAAUUUAAUACAUACCUACCUAUGUUGACAUUUCACUGUUUUUCAUAGAUGCUAUGGCACUUUACAUUAUAUUUCAUAUUUCACUUAUAUUUCAUAUAUUUCAUAUUUUAUGCAAUAUACACUCUAAACAAUGCUUGGAUAUUUAAAACCCAGUGUUGGGUCAAAAAGGAACACACCCAGCUGUUGAGUUAAAAUUACCCCAAAAAGUUUAUAUUUAGGUUAAAAAAACAGCAUUUUUGGUUGAAAUAACCAAUUAUGGGUAAAUUACAACCUAACGGGUAAAAUUCAUCCCUUUUGACCUAACGCUGGGUUAAAAAAUAACUUUUUAUUUUUUUGGGGGGUGGAAUAUGACUCGGACAUUUCUGGCGAGGUUCACCAGUACAUGUCCUAAAAAUUCCCAUCUGUUCUUAUGGACAACUCGGACAAACGGUGUUGUCUGGGGUUGUAAUGUUAGAAAUUUCUGCAGGUUCAUAUAUAUUAUCAGUAAAAUCAUCACCCUCUCCAUCUUUCUGGGACUGUGGAAUGCAUGACGAAAUUUGUGCAUCUGUGGCAACAUCGCUUACGAGCAGACAAGAGCAAAGAAAAUAAAAGACUGUCUGCACAUCCGCAAGCAACGUUCCCAUCACUCACAGGCGUAAUGUUACUGAACCAAACAGAACUAUGAAUGAUAUGCACAUUGUAGUAUGUAAAUACUGUAGUUUGGACUGGCGCUGAAUUUAUGGGACAACGAAUGUUUUACUGAAGUAUCACACAGGAAUUUUGUGAACAUUUUUAUAGCUCUCGCCAAAAUCCAUCCCUUCUGUACACACACUCACAAACACACAUACAUAAUUGUCAUAAAAUAAAUCUUACAAAGUGUCGGCAAUGCCUUGGGCUUUGCACGGAAAAGCUUUAAAGUGCUUCAAAUAUCUCUUUAAUGCAUGAAUCUCCUGUCCCGCUCCUAAAGGGUCAGCGUCCUAUGGAGUUUUGAGUGCUUUCAGGUGUGUUUGAUCAGGGUUGGAGCAAAACUCUACGGGAAGUUUGACCUUCAGGAACCAGACUGGACUUCCCUGCUUUAACACAUAAAACUAAUUUGUAUCCCCCUCCGUCCAUCACCUUUUGAAGUCCCCCUGUAGUUGAUUGUUUUGUCCUUUAUAGCUUAUCUUUGAUCAUUAAAAUGAAAAGUAUUUUUCAAGAAAGCUCAAAUGUAGCUUGCUUCGUUCCAUGAAUAUGCAAAUUAGUCUCCGCCUCCAGUCAAUCAGACCAGCUUGGACUACUGUUUGACGUGAUUGGUUACAAACAGGGCCGGUUUCAAAACACAAUUUUGAACCUGCUUUUGGUAAACUGAAAUUGACAGAUGAAUUUGCAUAUGAUUUGUCUUAUGUUGCAUUCACACCAGCCGCGGUAGAGGCGUCAAGCGCGAGUGAUUUCAAUGUUAAGUCAAUGUGAAGAUGCGAUUCCACCUCAUUUGCACGUCUAGUUCGCCACGGCAAACGCUUGAGUUUAAAAAAUUUAACUUCGGCGGAAAAUUGCGCCCCGUUAACCAAUCAGGAGCUUGCUCUAGUAGUGAUGUGAUUACAGUAAGCGAGAGGAGUCGCAGAAGCCCCCUCCCAUGACGCGAAUUUCUGCAUUAAUGUUUUUUCGAUAGCUAGAAUUUCACACGCAAAUGAAGCGAGUAAACUCAAACUGUUCAAGGGGCAAACUAGACGCGGUAGACACGAUUUUGACUCAAACGCGGCUGGUGUGAACCCACAGUUACAGCAUAUUAAUAAGAAAACCCUUAUCUCACGGGAAUUCGUACAUAUUUUACGAGUUGGGCUAAUUUGAAUGAUUUCAUAAAAUUUUUAGAAAUAAAAAAAACAUGAUUCCUAACCCCGCCCCUAAUCUUAACGUCACAGCAGCGCAAAAGCAAAUUGAACAAAAAGCAUUUGGUCGUGGUCGUACACAUUCAUAAAUAUUAACGACAUAGAGACAAGGAGAAUUUAAAAUUUAGAUUUUAACCACAGGGGGACUUGAACUUAAGCUUUUAUUUUGAGUAUGUAGAUUAUUUACCCUGUCAAUAGUUUUGCGAAUUGAUAAAAGUGUAUUUGAAAUUGCACUAAACUUAACUCAAGUUUAAAAAUUAUUUUCACAGAUGUGUGGUACAGGAUUUUUCACGAAUGUUCUGUAAUGUUUGAUGGAAAAAAGUAAAAAAUGCAGAAAAAAGGG